CACAUUGCCCUCCACCGUUGCACUUCAUCAUUAACUUACUUUUCUCACAAUGUCUGCUUCGAUGAUCCGCAAGGCUGCCACUGCCCGCGUUGCCGCGCCGCGUGUGCAGGCUGUGCGCCCUGUUGUUGUGCGCGGUCGGAGGGUCAUCACCUGCGCCGCCGUGGAUAAGGAGAAGGUUCUGGCGGACGUCCGCGUCAUCAUUGCCGAGCAGCUGGGCACUGAGCUGGAGAAGAUUCAGGCGGAAUCCAAGUUUGUGGACCUGGGCGCUGACUCCCUGGACACGGUCGAGAUCAUGAUGGCGCUCGAGGAGAAGUUUGACGUUUCCUUCGAAGAGGAGAACACCGAGAAGAUCUCCACUGUCCAGCAAGCCGCGGAUAUGAUUGCCGGGCAGAUUGCCUCCAAGUAAAUGUCAUGUAUUGACAUUUCAUUCUAAAGACCACUUGGCUCAGUUCCCAUUGGCGGCGAAGUAUUUCCCGUUGAUGUACGUCGCCUCCCUGGAGAGCAAUAGUGUUACGCGCGUCUCCCUGGGUGCGGUUGCCACCUGCAGUUCCUCCCCCUGAGUCUUAACAUGGUCUUUCUCCAGAAGUAGUGGUGGUGGUGUACAAUCAGCGUGCACCCGUGUAAGGGCCUUGAGCUGCGCACGAAGAGAUUCAAUUUUGCCUGUCGUGUCUUGGUGCUUGGUGGAUUUCCUAAGCAGAUCAAGCAAGGAUGCCUCUGCGUCCAAAUUUUGACUUGUGCGUGAUGAAGCGUGUGUUUUGGAGAUUACUCGAGAAGAGUGUAUUUAACUACUGUACGUUGCUGGGCUGUGAAAAAAACCAGCGGCGUGUCAGGUCGCAUGCCGCGAAAUGCGUGUAACGAAAUGAACCCGUACC